AUGACGAAUGAAGCCGGCGACGGAAUAAGCGGUGCAAGCGAACUUACCACUAUGGAGUCUUUGCAAUUUGACUUCACUACAAUACAAGCUGCGACAAAUGAUUUCUCUCCUGAAAACAAGUUGGGUGAAGGAGGAUUUGGUGAAGUUUUCCAGGGUAGACUUCCUAAUGGACAACAAACCGCGGUAAAGAGGCUAUCUCAAAGCUCAAGACAGGGUGAUGAGGAAUUCAAGAAUGAAGUUCUAUUAGUUGCAAAGCUUCAACACAGAAAUCUUGUACGAUUGCUUGGAUUUUGCUUGGAGGGAAGGGAAAAGCUACUAGCGUACGAGUUUGUGCCAAAUAAAAGCCUUGAUUUCUUCUUAUUUGAUCCCCAAAAAAGCGGUCAAUUGAAUUGGCCAUUACGAUAUAAAAUAAUAUCUGGGAUUGCUCGAGGAUUGCUCUACCUACAUGAAGAUUCUCGUCUCCGAAUCAUCCAUCGUGACUUAAAAUGUAGCAACAUCUUGUUAGACAGUGAAAUGAACCCAAAGAUUUCGGAUUUUGGCAUGGCAAGGAUUUUUGGAGGUGAUCAAACUCAGGCUAGUACAAAUAAAAUCGUGGGGACAUUUGGUUACAUGUCUCCAGAGUAUGCAAUGCAUGGAGAGUUCUCGGUUAAAUCUGAUGUUUAUAGUUUCGGCAUACUACUUUUAGAGAUCAUUUGCGGCAAGAAAAAUAAUUUCUACCACCAAUUGGAUGGGGUGAAUACCUUGCUAGCAUGGAAUCAAUGGAGAGAUGGCACACCCUUGAAAGUGUUGGACUUGGCUAUCAUGGAUUCAUAUUCAAAAGAUGAAGUACUUCGAUGCCUGCACAUUUGCUUACUAUGCAUCCAGGAAGAUCCGGCUAUUAGACCCACCAUGGCAACUGUAGUUCUCAUGCUUAGCAACAAUUACUUUAACCCGCCAUCACCUCGACAUCCAGCCUUCUUUGUCCGAAGUCGAUCUCGAGGGCUAAGCAUCCCAAUGAAAGAGCUUCAAUCAAACCAAUCCACUAGUAGUACCAUGCCUUUGUCAACCAAUGGUAUGUCAAUUACCGAAUUCUACCCCCGAUGA